AGAAAUCCUUAUUUUGAGGUUCUAAUUCAACAUUUAAUUAAACUAAGUGGAAUAAAUUUAAAAAAGAAGAAAAAGUUCAAAAAGAAUAUGGUGAUAAUUUUUUAGGUGAUAAUCAAUAUUGGAAUUUUAUUAAGAUUCCUAAACUGAGUAUGUCAAAUCGUUUAUUUCUUAAAAUUAUGCAAAUGACCAAAGCUUAAAGAUUUUGAAAAAUGGAAUGCAAUAAAAUUUACUUACCUAAACCAAAGACAUAAUGGAAAUGGGAUAAUUCAUAAAGUAAUAAUAUUAUCAUUUGAAUUAGUUUCCUUCCAUUAUUAAAGAACCUGUAUAAUAAAACUUAAAGGGAUUUUUGAAAAGAAAAAUUUCUAAAGUUCUUGGAAUAUUUAUUAAAUUAUGAUAAAAAUGACAUUAAAACUCAUUAAGGUAUUUAAAAUUAAAUUAAAUUUUAAAUUUAAUUGAAAUCACAUGUACUGGGUUAUUUAAUUAUUUUGAAUUAGAACCAAAUGAAAUAGAUUUUGUUGAACAAAUAAUGAUAUUUUUGUCAAAAAGAAUAUUUAGAUUAAUCAGCUGCUGAUGUAAUAGAUAAGAGAAAGCUUAUGCAUGUAGUAGAUACAUAUUUGAAAAUAUUCUUUUCAUUUAUCAUAAUGAUAGUUUAGGAGU